CGAUACAUUCCCAUCCCGCCUGUAUCACUUUAACGACCAGCUUCCAGCAAGUCCGCGAGCCUGACCGACACUGCCCGGCCGCAGAAUGCACGGGGGAAAAAGAGGACUGGUGGCACCACAGAACACUUUUUUGGAAAAUAUUGUCCGUCGCUCAAGUGAGACAAGUUUCUUGUUGGGGAAUGCGCAAAUCGUGGAAUGGCCUAUAGUUUACAGUAAUGACGGAUUCUGCAAGCUGUCUGGUUACCAUAGGGCAGAGGUCAUGCAGAAGAGCAGCACCUGCAGUUUCAUGUACGGCGAGCUGACAGACAAGAAGACAAUAGACAAAGUCAGACAGACCUUUGAUAACUAUGAGUCCAAUUGCUUUGAAGUGCUACUCUAUAAGAAGAACAGAACCCCUGUGUGGCUGUACAUGCAGGUGGCCCCCAUCAGCAAUGAGAACGAUAAAGUGGUCCUGUUCCUCUGUACUUUUAAGGACAUCACUGUCUUCAAGCAGCCCAUUGAAGAUGAGACCACCAGAGGAUGGACCAAGUUUGCCAGGCUGACCAGGGCAUUAACCAAUAGCCGGAGUACACUUCAGCAGCUCACACCUAUGAACAAGACUGAGGUCAGCCACAAGCAUUCACGACUGGCAGAGGCUCUUCAGCUGGGCUCUGACAUCCUUCCUCAAUACAAGCAAGAGGCUCCUAAAACUCCACCUCACAUUAUAUUGCACUACUGCACCUUUAAGACCACUUGGGACUGGGUCAUCCUCAUCCUCACCUUCUACACGGCCAUCAUGGUGCCCUACAAUGUGUCCUUUAAGACCAAACAGAACAACCUGGUGUGGUUGGUACUGGACAGCGUGGUGGAUGUCAUCUUCUUAGUGGAUAUUGUGUUGAACUUUCAUACAACUUUUGUAGGACCUGGAGGAGAGGUCAUAUCUGACCCAAAGCUCAUACGCAUGAACUACUUGAAGACCUGGUUUGUCAUAGACCUGCUGUCUUGCCUGCCCUAUGACAUCAUCAAUGCCUUUGAAAACGUGAAUGAGGAUCCCAUUGCAGACUCUUCUGCAGUGGGCCACUUGCCAGCUGUGGCCCACUCUCCACGCAACGCCACACGUGCAGAGGACUCGGUGUUGCCUGGUCUCAGCAGCCUGUUCAGCUCAUUGAAAGUGGUGCGUUUGCUCCGUCUGGGUCGUGUGGCACGCAAACUGGACCAUUAUCUGGAAUAUGGUGCUGCUGUGUUAGUUUUAUUGGUGUGUGUCUUUGGUCUGGUGGCACAUUGGCUGGCCUGCAUCUGGUACAGCAUUGGUGAUUACGAGGUCAUAGAUGAGGCCACCAACAGCAUCAAGACGGACAGCUGGCUUUAUCAGUUAGCUAUCAGCAUUGGCACACCAUACCGCUACAAUGCCAGCGGCUCUGGCCAGUGGGAAGGUGGUCCCAGUAAGCACACGCUCUACAUAUCAUCUCUCUAUUUCACCAUGACAAGUCUCACCACCAUUGGCUUUGGGAACAUUGCACCUACUACAGACGGGGAGAAGAUCUUCUCGGUGGCCAUGAUGAUGGUGGGCUCUCUUCUGUACGCCACCAUCUUUGGAAACGUGACCACCAUCUUUCAGCAGAUGUACACGAACACUAAUCGCUACCAUGAGAUGCUGAACAAUGUGAGAGACUUUCUGAAGCUCUAUCAGGUGCCUAAAGGACUGAGUGAGAGAGUUAUGGAUUACAUUGUGUCCACAUGGGCCAUGACCAAAGGCAUAGACACAGAGAAGGUUCUGUCCAUCUGUCCUAAGGACAUGCGUGCAGACAUCUGUGUGCACCUCAACCGCCAGGUGUUCAACGAGCACCCUGCCUUCCGGCUGGCCAGUGACGGCUGUCUGCGCUCUUUGGCGGUGGAGUUCCAGACCACACACUGCGCUCCAGGAGAUCUCAUCUUCCACGCAGGAGAAAGCAUGGACACUCUUUGCUUCGUGGUUUCUGGAUCGCUGGAGGUCAUUCAGGAUGAUGAGGUUAUUGCCAUUUUAGGUAAGGGGGAUGUGUUUGGUGACGUGUUCUGGAAGGAAUCCACACUGGCUCAUGCCUGUGCUAACGUGAGGGCUCUGACGUACUGCGACCUGCAUGUCAUCAGGAGGGAUGCCUUACUCAAAGUGCUGGAGUUCUACACAGCCUUCGCCAACUCCUUCUCCCGAAACCUCAUCCUCACCUGCAACCUCCGCAAGCGGAUUGUCUUCCGCAAGAUUGUCGAUGUGAAGAAGGAAGAAGAGGAGAGGAGACACCAGAAAAACGAGGUGACGUUGUCAAUCCCCGUAGACCAUCCUGUCCGCAAGCUCUUCCAAAAGUUCAAGCAACAGAAGGAGAUGCGUACACAAGGUUCAUCCCAGCAUGACCUCGAGAGGAACCAGUUUCAGGUGGAACACCACCUCCAUCCACUGUCCCACCAGAUUCAUCAGCAGCAAUAUCAGCCCCAGUACCAGACCCACCAUCCUCUUCAACAUCAGCACGUGGACCCCAUGCAAAACGGGGCCCCUGGCUCGAGAAAUGGCAACAGUGGGUCUAGCGUUGUGACCGUCUCGCAGAUAACCCCAAUCCAGAGCACCCUAGCCUAUGUUCAGACUGAGGAACCGAACAGGAGUGAAAGCCAUGAGGCAAUGGAGCUCAAGCCCAGCUUUGGCAUAGAGGGCUCAAAUUGUCUAAAGGUAACAAGUCCGGUUAGACCAAGAGGAGGAACAGGAAGAGGCUGGAUGCGUUUUCAUAACAUUGCAUCAGGAUCAUCUCCUAUGCUUCAGCUGGAACUAGAGAAGCAGCCACAGCAGAAGGAAGAGGAAUGGGGGGAUGUAUCCCAGGCACUAAAUGUGAUCUCCCAGGAUGGGAAGAGCCAGGAAGCAGAGGGUGGGCAGUCUAACGAAAGGGAUCCCAGUGGAAACGGUAAUAAUAGUGAUGAGACUGAUGAGAAUAAUGCUCUACACAAGACUGAUUCUUGCGACAGCGGAAUCACAAAAAGUGACUUGCGUUUUGACUGGGUUGGUGAUUCACGGAGCCCAUACGAGAGAUGCUCAAUGGAAAGGAGCCUGGACGAACAGCCCAGCCCUGGAGUGGCCCUUCGGGGGAUUCACUUUCAGCCUGUCCCUGAACAGACUGUGCUUCAAAACAGUCUGUACGAGGCAAAGCUGGAACUAAAAGGUGACAUCCAGACAUUAAAUAGUCGGCUAGCAGCUCUAGAGGACCAGAUGGGGGAGAUUCUGAGACUUCUCUCCGAGAAGAGGAAACCUUCUCCACCUCCUCAGGCCUCCUCGCCAAAAACCACACUUCAGUGCCAGGACAUCUUUGCCGUUUCUCAGCCUGUCACUCCAGAAAUGGAGGGGGACAAUGGACCCCUUUGAAUUUGGAUAAAUAUAUUUAGA